CGAUGCCGCUUUAGAAUAAUACAAAAGCAUGGAGUGAGCGCGCAUGUACAAAUAAUAAAGCCAACUUUGAUCAUAAUCUAACGUGUCGACCAGGUUUUUGAACCUACGAAACUAACAAUACUUAUUCCAACUCUUCUCAGCAGAAAUAAGAGUAAGACCGCAUCGGUCUAAAAGCGGAGAUCUUGCUAAUAUUAUUAUGUUCAACUUCAAACAUUUCAAAUAUUUUAAACCAUUUUUACUUGAGUGCGUGGAAAAUAAUGUGCGGUUUUCUUCAAGUUUUGAAAAUAUACCCUCGCCGAGGGGCCUGCCGUUGCUCGGUACGACCCUAUCGCUAAUUUUGGCAGGAGGACCUAGUAUACUUCACAAAUACAUGGAUAAAAGACAUAAGGAAUUGGGACCUAUUUUUAAAGAUAACGUGGGACCUGUCCAAGCAGUAUUUUUAGCCGAUCCUGAUGAAAUGAUGACUGUUUUUGCGAAAGAAGGGAAACACCCAAAACAUAUAAAACCAGAAUCGUGGUUAAUCUACAACGAAAAACACAACUAUUCAAGAGGGUUAUUCUUUAUGGACGACGAAGAAUGGCGUCAUUAUCGAAAUAUAAUGAACAAAAUACUUCUCAAAGGAAAUUUAAGUUGGAUAGAAGACUCGUGUGAUAUAGCAACCAACGUCCUAAUAAAUCGUAUCAAAAAUCACAGUGAAACAGAAUUUUUAAACGUGGAGCAUGAAUUAUAUAAAUGGUCAAUGGAUGUGAUACUUGCUGUGCUAGUUGGUGCUAAAACUUAUCAACAAUGUAGUAAAGAAGUUGAUCAUUUAGUAAAAAAGUUAGCUAGAACUGUUUAUUUAGUUUUUGAAAAUACAUGUAAAUUGCAAUUAAUUCCCGCAGGCUUAGCUGAGAAGUUUAAUUUAAAACGGUGGAAAAAUUUUGAAUGUUCUGUGAAAGAAUCUUUAGAAUUAGCUACUGAAUUAUUAGAUAUUAUUAGUAUAAAUUAUAAAGGCAUUGAAGGUUUAUUAUACAAAAUGUAUGAAGUAAAUGUAGAUAAAAAAACUAUAAAUCGCAUAAUUAUAGAUUUAAUAUUAGGCGCGGGCGAUACCACAUCGUAUACAAUGGCCUGGGUACUGUACCUAUUAUCAAAACACAAACAUAUCCAACAAGAACUUAGAAAUAAUUUAAAAAUCAAUCCAAAAUCUUCUUAUUUGCGAAACACAAUUAAGGAAACUUUAAGAUUAUAUCCAGUAGCUCCAUUUUUAACUCGUUUUCCACCAGAAGAUAUAACUAUUUGUGGAUACAAUAUUCCAGCUCAAACUUUAAUCGUUAUGUCUAUUUACACAAGCGGAAGACAUUCCAAAUAUUUUAAGAACCCUGAAGAUUUCAAUCCAAACAGAUGGACAAGGGGAAGUGGCGAUAGUUCGCUCCAGCAAGCUAGUUUACCCUUUGGAAUUGGGGCCAGAUCAUGUAUAGGGAGAAAAAUUGCUGAGACACAGCUACAAAUGACUGUUUCUAAAAUUGUUAAAAAUUUUAAUGUUGAUAUUGUUAAUGGAGAUGAAAUUCAGGAUAUUUUGGAAAUGAUUUCUAAGCCAUCGAAACCUUUAAGACUAAUUUUUAAUAAAGUUUUAGAUUAAUAGUAAUA